UUCUACUCGUAAGAUAUUGUAAACAAACAUUGUGAUUUGGUCUAUAUUUAGUACAUGUGUGAAAACAAAGCCGUGAAAGCCGGUUCACUCGUCUCACCCACACUGCAGCCUGUGUGUUUAAAGGAGGGCAGGCCACAAGGUCGUAUGCUGGUUGGGGGAAGAAAAAAGGAAAAGGAGGAGCUAUUCUCACUGAGACCUGCCCCUUCACUCUCUUUCCUCCUAUCCCUGAGCUCCCAGGCUCACACAGAGCACAUGGCUGCAUGAUUUUGAAACCCCCCUCCAAUAGAAGGACAAUCAAAGUGUCAUGGUGGUGCUGGAAGCAUGUGCGCCUGUGCAGCCACUCCCAUGUCAAGUGCAGCAGAGACACGGAAGCAGAUUAUUGCAUACAUCUACAUUUCCUGAUUCCUGCCUCCAUCAUGUCGCUGCUGACUCACGCGCUGGCGUGCCUGUUUGGUAUGGGCUCCUGGGUGGCCAUCAACGGGAUGUGGGUGGAGCUGCCCCUGGUCGUACCGCAGAUCCCAGAGGGCUGGUAUCUGCCAUCGUACCUCACAGUCAUUAUCCAAAUGGCCAACAUAGGUCCUCUCUUCAUCACUUUGAUGCACCGCUUCCGGCCAGGGGUGCUAGAUGAGCGGCCGGUCAUCUACUGCAUUGUAGGGUUGGGGAUCGUUGCUACAUUCCUGCUGGCUUUCUUCUGGAGGCACACGGUGACAAUAGGGGGUUCUUUGCACAGUGUGCCCCUGCUGGUGUUAAGCUUCCUGCUGUCUGUGGUGGACUGCACCUCCUCUGUUACCUUUCUGCCUUUCAUGAUGCGGCUGCGUCCACAGUACCUCACCACGUACUUCGCAGGUGAAGGCCUCAGUGGUCUGGUGCCCGCACUGGUGGCUCUGAUUCAAGGUGUUGGUGUAGUCCACUGUCAGAAUGCCACUUUGGCUGGUGCAGCCAACACAACAGGUGCCACUAUGGUUGGCAGUGGAGAGUUACAAGCCAUCUACCAGCCAGCUAAAUUCUCUGCCCAGGUGUUCUUUGUGUUCCUCAGUGCCAUGAUGGUUGUGUGCCUUGUAGCCUUCAUCCUACUCAACCAUCACCCAGCUGUGGCGCGAGAGAGAAACAACGACCUGUACUUCAGUGGUGAUCUGGCACCUGGGAAGAGAGAACAAGGUCUGUCCCUGCACACCCAGACACCAGAGCAGAAGCCUAUGAUCAGCUCUCUGGAAGCCGUCAGGAGGGAACCAAGGAGCUCUUUUGGUAUGGGGACGUAUAGUAAUCUGGAGGUGGUGUUCAUCUUUGUUGUACUGGCUUGGGUCAAUGCUCUGACCAAUGCAGUGCUGCCCUCGGUCCAGUCCUACUCCUGUCUGCCCUAUGGGAACAAGGCCUACCAUCUAGCUGCCACCAUGGCAGCUGUUGCUAACCCAGUGGCCUGCUUCAUCGCCAUGUUUGUGCCUAUUAGGUCUCUCAUCUUCAUGGGUUUCUUGGCUAUAAUUGGGACUGGAUUUGGAACCUACAUCAUGGCCAUGGCUGCUCUUAGUCCAUGCCCCCUGCUGGUCCACAGUCCCUCCGGAACUGCAGUCAUAGUGCUGACCUGGAUCCUGUUUGUCCUGACUCUGUCCUACGUGAAGGUGAUCAUUGGGGUGAUUCUGAGGGAUGAGGGCCACAGUGCCCUUGUGUGGUGUGGAGCAGUAGUUCAGUUGGGCUCCAUGGUUGGUGCUGUAUCCAUGUUCCCAUUGGUCAGUGUAUAUGGACUGUUCAGGUCAGGUGAUGCCUGCAACACCAAGUGUCCAAUGUAGUAAAUAGAUAUAAGUUAAACACUGCUGUACCAAACUGAAAAAUAAUCUGCGCUUAUUCUAGAUGCACUGAACUCAUUUGUGUCGUGAGCUUUACAUAUUCCUGUUUGUGUGAACAUAUCUGAGCUGUUUACCUACAACACAACACUAUUUAACAGAUUUGUUCUCAUCAGAUUCAGAUGGUAAAUUAGUUUUAUACAGAUAUCUGUAUAUUUAUUGACUUAUGGAGUGCUGCUCAGCACAAGGAUGAAAUUACACUAUUAUCAAUGUGUCAGAUCACACACACACACACUCCAAUCUAAUGUUAGUGAAUGUGUUGACACAUUUUGUUGCUGAGCACAUUACAAGUCUUUCUCAAUUCAGAGGUCAAAGCCAGUUUACUUGAACUGUUAAUAUGAUGUGAGAGUAUAAUUGAUUGAUGUUGCUUUUAUAAGAACCUACAGCACCUUUGGCUUUAAAAGGUGCCUUAAUUUGAGAAGAUCUUGAGAAGAUUUGUGCUUAUUUUUGGUGGUUGUACAUUCUAACUUGCUUUGUAUAUGUUACUUGUGUGGAGAAACUGUUCAACAAUACCAAAUAAAACACGUUUUAUUGCUACCAGAA